CUCUUGUAAAAGGACUCACCAAAACCUCCUCCUCGUAGCCGUAGCCUUCUUUGUCUCGGUGGUCGUCGUCUUGCUCUCUUCCUCCCCCUCCACAGGCAGCGAAACAGUAAUCUUCACCGUCUCAGUCUCAUAAACAGUCUGCUCCACCGUCUGCGGUAUGGCAGUCACAACCCUCGACACAGUCUGCGUCUUGGUCACUACGCUGACCCGCACAAUCUCCGUCACCGUCUCGAACACGCGCACAGUCUUGUGCUGCGUGACAAAAGGGCCGGGGAUAAAGUCGAUAACGGUCGAGUGCCUCUUCCCAAUGACGACCUGCUCCAGACCGCCGUACUCUUCACUGCCACCAGGUUUCUUCCCAACGACGACUUGCUCAAGACCAGACUCUUGCGGGGGUGCGUCGGCCUUCUUCCCGCCGGCGGCAACGACCUGCUCAAGACCAUAUUCCUCCGCUUCCGGCUUCGGUGUCUCAGCCCCGAAGACUUCCACCCCCCUCUCACCAUCGGCAACAGCGCCGGUUGGAGUUUCAUCGUCUGAUUUAGGUGCGGUCCCGUAAACCUCAACCCCGGACUCGGGCUUCUCGGCGGCGGGCUCGGCGGGCAGCGGAACGGCGACAUCAUCCUGUGCUGACUGAGCCACAGCAUUGACCGCCGCCGAUGCGAGAACAAGCUCCGCACUAGCUUCAGUAACCGCGGCAACCGGAGCCUCAGAGAUGUUGUUCUCCGCCUCCUCCUCCUCCUCCUCCUCCUCUGCAACUUCAAUCGACGGAACCUCACGCUCAACCUCAACAGCAGGCGUCUCCUCAACAACCACACUCUGAGCCUGAACAGGCGGAUCAGAAGCAACACCAUAAACAACACCCCCCAAGCCCAUCGAACCAUCCUCGGUACUAGCCAAACCCGCAGUCGCCUCGGGCACGCUCGCCUCAAUCUUCGCCUCCGGCACCUUCUCAAUACCAUAAUUCUCCGGCCUCGGCUCAGACUUGUACGUGGCAGGCGCCAAGUCCUGCUGUCGAUUCCCCAGCCCAAUCACAACCACAAGCAACACCAACACGACAAUAGCCACAUUCUUCGGGUCGUUGAAAAAGUCCCUAGCCACCAGCGCGCCCGCCUUGACAUAUGUCCACCCAUCCUUCACCGUCUCAUUCCCGUUAUCCAACGCCACCCUAAACGCCUCGGUGAGUAAAUCGAUAAAUCCCGCGUUUUGGAGCUCCCGCUGACGUUUCUGCGCUCGCUCAGCCUGUCGGCGCUCGUACUCGGCUCGGCGUUCGCGAAUGACUUCAGAGGGUGAGAGGGGCGUGGGAGGCGCAAUGUACGAGUCGGGGUGUCGGUCGCGGAGGGUCGAUGACUGAUCGAGGCUAGACGUUGGCGUGAUGGCUACGAGAGCUUGGGAUACCGGAACAGACCCGUAACCUUCACCGACCGAGGGCGCUGGUCUUGCAAAAGGUGCACGCUCGGCAGCCGGUUCUGGGGUUGGGAUCGGUUCAGGCGGGGGCAUGUCGCCAUAGAUUUCGCGCAUCCGCUCUUCGUCGCGACGUCGACGCUCUUCAGAUGUGUCAAGGCCGUCUUGUGCCGCGCGGGGACGCGAUGAUGACGGGGGCUGCAGGAACUCUGGUGAGGUCACCCGAUCGAAGGGUUCCAUUGGUGGCUCAGGUGUCGAUGGCUGGACUUCGACAUGCAGACCAGAAGAGGGCCGCGAGCCAUGCAGACCAGACGUCGGGCGAGAUCGUUGGGCAUCGGCUUGCGCCUCUGGAGUGAGCCCCGACUUGGCCGCAGCCUCGGCAUCCAGCAACAGGUCUCUCUGUCGUUGCUCCUCCUGCUCAAGCUGGAAGACGGCCACCUUUUCGAGCUCAUGCUGCAUUGCUGGGGUGAGAAUCAGUUCGACCUCGCAGUCCACCCGCUCCAUUUCCCUCCAGCAGGCUUCCCAGGCGCCGGAUUUCAUGAGUCCGUUGCUAGCGUACACCUUUACCCGGUAAAUCUUGCUGGAGCCCAGCUUCUCAUAGCGGAUCUCGGUCUUGCAUUCCUUACACCAAUGCCGGUUAUCCUCAGUUGACUUUGGGUAUUCCAACUCGCCUUCCUCAUCGUCUUCGGCCGUCACGUUGGCUGGACCGAGAUAGUGCCCGCAUUCCAAGAUCCUGGCUCUUCUCUUGAAUGGUAGCUCGAGAGCUUCGAGGAGACGCUCUUCAAGCACCUCGAAAUCGUUCUGCGGAUGUGGGAGAAGAAUACCGCGCUCGAGAACAGUGUCGCCCAGUCGGUCCUGCAGAUCACGCCACGAAUCGCGCAAGGCCUUGAUUUCGUCCGAGGCCACAUAGGGAAGCCCCCCUUCGUCGAUGGUCCUACCGCUGACGAGAUCGAGCCCAUUAAGCGUCUCGCCCCAGACCCAGCGAAGAGGCAGGAGGGUAACGUGGAGAAGAACGAGGGGGGCCUCUGUUCGGACCUUGAAACGGCUCGGUGUUGUUCGCCCCUUGGGAGAGUAUUGUACCUGGACGGUGGGACUGCCGACCCGGGAUACUGUGGGAAACAUGACGGGCGUUCCGCUGUGUCGCUUGUUCGGCCUGGCGGAGCUUCCGUCGAACAAUGAAGGUGUGGGAGAGCCCGUCUGCAAUGCGCGGACUUCGGAGGGGGUGCGAAUCGACGAGCGGGCCGACCGAGUCGACACGCCGGACACGAUCCUAUCGGAGUUCCUGCUUUCGGAUGUCCUACUCGAGGCGCACGACUGUCGACGAGAUUGGCUGUCCUUUCCUUGGGGUGUCUUGGAAUCAGAAUCGUGCCCUCCAUCUACCGACCCGACGGAACUGUGGCUGCGGGACCCAUGCUCGCUAAAUACGUCGUCGCCGUGGUGGGAGCUGUUAUCGGCGGUGUCCUCGCUGGCGGUGCGAGAGUGGAGGUGCUGGCGGAGCAGCGAGCUUGUGGAUUCUCGUCGGUUGGGGCUAUCCCGACCGCUAUAUGUGCUCGUCGCGUCCGACUCUUCCCCCUCGAUGUCUUCGGCUGUGGUGGCGCGAGGUUUUGUCUCGGGAGCUACGGUCUCUCGCUUUUCCGGGUCCUGCUCCAGCUUCGAUGCGACGACGGUCAGCAAACGCCUUCCACGGAUACAAUGGACGGCGGGGAAAUCUACCUCUGUGGACAGCGGCACCUGUGCCGCUCGUGUGUCGUCGUCGGCCAUGUCUCGGUCGUUGGGGUCUACAAAGAUUGCAAAAUCCAGAGGUGGUGGCUCUUUGAGCUUCCGGGGCACACUUUGUGUGUGUUUAUAGAUACCAGCCACCACUUGGACGCUCGGGCAACGAACCGAAAAGCCGGUGCAGCAGCAUUGGUCGAAUCAAGUUCCACCGGGUGGAGAGGCUAGACUCGGCGAUGCGCUGGCAGUCGGCAAGGGGAGGAUGACGGGAGGAUCCGACUGGUGUGGCCGGGUCUAGUGGUGGUCGGGCACAAAGUGACAGGCGGCGGCAGCAGGGGGCAGGGGCGGGAAAGGCGGUGACGGGUGCUGUGACAGGAGGAGGAGAGCUUUCUCUGCCAGUACACCCAAGUCUUGCAUUGGGUGGGCGAGGUAAACAAACAGUUGCCAGGUCGACACAGCCCCGCAUUUAUCUCAGGUCUUGGCCCAGACCACCCAACGGCGAGUGUGCAAGUGAAUAUCAAAUUGGUGUUCCACCGCAUUCGAACCGCUGGAUACACAGCUGCUUGAUGUGGCGCCUCAUUGCUCCGGGCUGGGAUGAAUUGACUUUGCAUCGACAUUCCAUGCCUGGACGUUCAGCAGUAGGAAGCAUUGACAGGUGCAGGGUUCCGAGUUGGAUGAACUUGACAGCUGCGGAACCUGACGUCAUGUCUUGGCGUGUCUUCUCUGCUCCUCGUGAGAAUAAGCAUUUUCGAAGGAAAUCUUAGAUGGGAGAUGAGGUGCUGUCUUGGUGAAAGGCAUUGAAGUGGUAGAGAUGGUACGAUACAGGCACUCAGCAUAAUACCUUGCUACGUGUUCUCCCUUCGUCCAUGGUUGAAGAGGGGGCAAUCCACCAACCCUACAAAAAGCCAUUUAUAAUCCGAGUACCGCUGUCCGAUAACAAGCAGAUAAACCCCUCAACAUGGCCCUGUCAAUUCCUGCCUUAUUCCAUCCCAAUGUUGGAUGCUGCGCCUUGACCAGGCGUCCAGACCGAAGGCUCACCGCCCCGAUGUCACCCUCCGUCCCACUCCCAAGGGCUCGGGCUCCGAGUAUCCCACACAUGGGGGAGGGAGGGGGCUGCCCGAACUGGCCAUGACGUCCAAGUAAGCUUCCAAGUUUCCAACAGAUGGGAUUCCGCCUGCCCCUGCCGAGCCUGGUUUACCGUCGAACCCAAUCUAGGCCCAGAUCUCUAUCUGAGUCGAGCAUCUGGCAACCUGCUUAAAACCACAUCCUACCCCUCGAGUCCCCUAGCCUUCAUCUUUCUUUUAUUUAUUCAUUUUCUACCCUUUACAUCAAACAACAACAUCAAUCAACAUGGGUGGCCACCCCGAACGCACCCCCUCCCCCUCCAGGCGGGAGCCUACACCAGAGAACAUGACCAUGAUGCAAGGUUUCGAAUGGUACAUCCCCGCCGACCAACAACACUGGGCCCGCCUCACGAAAGCCCUCCCCCAGCUGAAAGAAUUCGGCAUAGACAACAUCUGGAUCCCCCCCGGAUGCAAAGCCUCCUCCAAAAACGGCAACGGCUACGACAUCUACGACCUCUACGACCUGGGCGAGUUUGACCAAAAGGGCACCAUCUCCACGAAAUGGGGCACCAAAAGGGAGCUCGUCAGUCUUUGCAAUAAAGCGAAGGAGCUCGGCGUGGGGAUCUACUGGGAUGCGGUCCUCAACCACAAGAUGGGCGCUGAUCACAAGGAGCGGUGUCCUGUUGUCGAGGUUGACGAGAAUGAUAGGACGAGGGUGGUCAGUGGCAAGUAUGAGAUUGAUGCCUGGGUUGGGUUUGAGUUUCCGGGACGAAAGGAGCAGUACAGCAGGAUGAAGUGGCAUUGGUAUCAUUUUACCGGGGUGGAUUUUAACGCCGAGAAUGGGAAGAAGGCGAUAUACAAGAUUGCGGGUGAGCAAGGGGAGGGAUGGGCGAGUGAGUGGGAUGGGGAUGUCGAUGAUGAGAAGGGGAAUUAUGAUUUCCUCAUGGGCUCCGACAUCAACCAUGAGCACCCUGAGGUGAGGGAGGACAUCAUGCGGUGGGGGAGCUGGCUUGCGAAUGAGAUUCCGAUCAAGGGGAUUCGGUUUGAUGCUGUCAAGCACUUUAGCGAGGACUUUUUGCGCGAGUUUAUUAAGAAUAUGGACGAGGAAUUUGGGCCGGGGUGGUUCUUCGUGGGGGAGUUUUGGAAGGAUUCGUUGCAGGACAUGAACGACUACCUGGCAAGGAUGAAGUACAAGUUCUCCUUGUUUGACGCGCCAUUGGUUCAUAACUUUAGCGACAUCAGCAGGGCCAAUGGGGCUGACCUCAGAAAGGUGUUUGACGACACCUUGGUCCAGGCGCAGCCUGUCUCGGCGGUUACAUUGGUGAUGAACCACGACACCCAACCCUACCAGGCCCUCGAAGCUCCCAUUGAGGGCUGGUUCAAGCCUCUGGCCUAUGCUCUCAUCCUCCUGCGCGACCAAGGCUACCCUUGCGUGUGGUACGGUGACUUGUACGGCAUCCAAGGCGAGCACCCCUUCCCUCCCUCCUGCGGUGGUGAUCUCCCGAGGAUCAUGCUAGCCCGCAAGCUGUAUUCGUACGGCCAGCAAGCCGACUACUUUGAUUACCCUACCUGCAUCGGCUGGGUGCGGUAUGGUACCUGGGACAGGCCGUUUGGCUGUGCCGUGGUCAUGAGCAACGCUGGGCCGGGAAGCAAGAGAAUGCAUGUUGGUGAGAUGCACGCGGGGGAGGUAUGGACUGAUGUUAUGGGGUGGAAUGAUGCCAAGAUCAAGAUUGGGGAUGAUGGGUUUGGUGAGUUUGUGUGUGGGCAGACGAGCGUGAGUAUUUGGGUGAAUGAGAAGGCGAAGGAUCGGGCGAGGUUUGAGAAGGAGUUUGACGCCGACAUCUACAGGAUAGCCUAUGACGAGUCGGGCUCUACCUCUUCGUAG